GAGGCGGAGGGACGGGGCGCACCCGCCCCGGCCGCCCCACAGCCACCCUACGCUUCCCGGCCGGCGGCAGCUCCCCGUGUCCCGGAGCCCUAAGCCGUCCGCCGCCCCUGCUGCUGCCUCUCCCCUCCGGCAUGUUUUAAGUCCGGUUCUGUCCGCUCCUCUUCGGGCUUCCUGUCCUGCAGCCGUAGAGUCCCGUUCCCGUUUCCCUCCCUUGCCCCCCCAGCCCCCCGCUUCGGUCUGUGCGCAUCCUCCCUGGAAGGGCCGGCGGCUGGGGGGGAGCGGGGGCGGUGGGCGCCCGGCGGGGGCGAGGGCAGAAAAGCCUCGCUCGACACCAUGGCGUCCAGCUAUGCCCACGCCAUGGAGAGGCAGGCCCUGCUGCCCGCCCGCCUCGACGGUCCCGCCGGCCUGGACAAUUUACAAGCCAAGAAGAACUUCUCCGUGAGUCACCUGCUGGACCUGGAGGAGGCAGGCGAUAUGGUGGCCGCCCAAGCGGAGGAGGGCGGCGGAGAGCCCGGCCGGAGCUUGUUGGAGUCCCCUGGGCUGACCAGCGGCAGUGACACUCCGCAGCAGGACAAUGAUCAGCUGAACUCAGAGGAGAAGAAGAAAAGAAAGCAAAGGAGGAACAGGACUACCUUCAACAGCAGCCAGCUCCAGGCAUUAGAGAGGGUCUUUGAGAGAACACACUACCCUGAUGCCUUUGUACGGGAAGACCUUGCACGCAGAGUCAACCUCACCGAAGCCAGAGUCCAGGUGUGGUUCCAGAACCGGAGAGCCAAGUUUCGCCGGAAUGAGAGGGCGAUGCUAGCCAGCAAGAAUGCCUCUCUGCUCAAAUCCUACUCAGGGGAUGUGACCGCUGUGGAGCAGCCCAUAGUACCUCGCCCAGCUCCAAGACCCACUGACUAUCUCUCCUGGGGUACUGCCUCGCCUUACAGUGCCAUGGCCACCUACUCUGCCACAUGUACCAAUGCCAGCCCAGCACAGGGCAUGAACAUGGCCAACAGUAUUGCCAACCUGAGACUGAAGGCAAAGGAAUAUAGUUUACAGAGGAAUCAAGUGCCCACAGUCAAUUAAUGACUGGAGGCAGGUGCUUUGCAGAAGAAAAUAUAACAGCACCCGUCCUGCUUUGCAACUUGUCUAUGCUGAAAGAAAACCAAACCAAACCAAGACAACCACAACAACAAAGCCAAACAUAAAAAACCACCCAAAACCCCCCUCAAAAAAAACACCAAAAAAAGGAAAAAAUAAAAUAAAAUUAAAAAAAAAGAAGAAUUAAAAAAGCCAACCCUAACCCAGAACUGAAUAUGGGGACCAAACUGGGAGCAAACUGAAUCGCUCAUGAGUGACUAGGUUCCUCCUUCCUAUUUUUGGGAUAAUGCCACCUUUUUUUUUCCCCUCUUGUUAUUGUCAGGUUUAUUGCUUCUGCUCAAUAUACUACGAGCUUCUUCAGUAAAGGACAGUCUCAUCCUUGUUGGUUUCCAUUUUUGUAUGGGACUGCAAAAAGAAACCUCUGCCAAUCUCAGCCUAUGGACAUGUCCUACCUACCAUCAUGCUGAGAGGCAAAGCUUGCUCCUCUCCCCCCUGUCCCAGCUCACCCUAGAAGAAGAAGUUGGUCACUGCUUUCUAUUGUAUCCACUGCCCCUUCAUCCCUCCAGUCCCUUGUGCCACAGAGGCAGUGCUGUCAGCCUACAGGAAGCCCAUUGAUGCAACGAGAUGGAGUCACCCUGCCUGGGUUUGCCUGGACUAGUCUGAGACCUGAGGAGGGCAAGAUCUCCUUGGGCUUCACAGUGCUCUGUUGCUUUCUUGAGUACUCCCACCACUGCUGCCUUGAAAAGCCAAAGAAGAGACAAAAGUCCACGUGGGAGUGUGAGUGGAGGGGUGUAGUGGGGGGAGGGGGAUGUUGCUCUGUAGUGCCAAGAAUAUGACUGUUAGGAACCCCCUUUCUAUGCCUUACAGUUUGCGCCACAGGGAAAGGCGUUGUCCAGAUGCAUUUGUUUUAUAUAUACUGUAUAUAUUUAUAUAUAUAAGAUAUACAUGCAAGCUUGGUUGGUGUUUUUUAUUAAACAAAAUAAAAUCCAUUGAAAAUGUU